GUUUUUCUUUUGUUUUAUUUCACUGCAGCUCAGUUUUCGUCUUCUAUAAUCCAAAAAGGUGGUUUUCUCUCCGUCUCCACUGGUGACUCUGUUACUUUAGAAUGUUCUUAUAUAAGUGUAGAUUUAAUAUCAAUCUUCUGGUACAAACAAACACUGGGACGAAGACCUGAACCCAUCUCUAGUUUCUAUGCUUACAGUUCAAGAGGGACCUUUUUUGAUAAAUUCAACAAUCCACGCUUUAGUCUGGAUACAAAAAACGAAAAUUAUCAUUUGACGAUUUCAGAUCUACAACUUUCAGACUCAGCUACUUACUACUGUGCAGCACGAGAUACAAAUGUCCUUGAAUUUACAGAGGGUGUUACAGUCAGUGUGAAAGGUCCAGGUGUAACCAUGAAGACUUCAGUGGAUCAGUGGUCCUCUGAGAACAUCCACACAGGAGACUCUGUGACUCUGAACUGUACAGUACACACUGGGAGCUGUGAUGGAGAACACAGAGUUUACUGGUUCAAAGACUCUGAGGACUCUCAUCCAGGACUCAUUUACACUCAUGGAGGCAGGAAGGAUCAGUGUGAGAGAAACAACAACACACAAACACACAGCUGUGUCUAUGAACUGUCUAUGAAGAACAUAAAUGAGUCUCAUGCUGGGAUCUACUACUGUGCUGUUGUCUCAUGUGGACACAUAUUGUUUGGAAACGGAACCAAACUGAACCUCACAGGUGAGUUUAACCUUUAAAGAAUCAAGUUUGUGGAUGAAAUUAUAUUCAGAUGAAUUUAAAAAUCUAUUUUUAUGUAAUAUCAAACUCUGCAGCUCCUCUGAACUCUGUGAUUCUUCACACUUUGGUGGGAUUAUUGACCAUCAUGAUCGUCCUCGUUGUUUUUCUGCUUUUCCUGCUGUGGAAGAUUAACAAGAGAAACAAAUGCACCUCCACAGGUACACAAACUUCUUUCUCUGUUCAGUAAUUGUGUUCUUGAAAUAAACCUUUUUUGUGUUUCAUAACCAGAGGAAAGAUCACCUGCUGCCCCAUUAAGUAGCAUAGAGGUGAGACUCAACUCUCUUCAGUUAUCGUGG